GGAGAAGGAGGGGAAAAGGCGAGCGGGGCCGCCCGCUCAUCUCCAAGUGCCGCGAGGGCUCUUUGGAGAGAUCUCGGGAGCCGUUCCGAGGGGCCGAUAUAGAUAUAAGGACAUUUCUACAUUGCGUCACGUGACAUAAUUACCACUAGAAUCAAUCAAGAUGAAUUGCACGUCAGCACACGGUGGGGAUUUUUUCUUAGUUGAUCCUGUCCAAAGCCUCUUGUGCAAUAGAUGGAUCUCGUUCAAUGCAUUGAAGCCUCCCGGUCGCUCGCAAUCGCAAAAAGGAAGACAUGACCGAGUUUGACGAUUGCAGUCACGGCGCAUCCAAUAUGUAUCUGCCAGGGUGCGCUUAUUACGUCUCGCCCUCAGACUUCUCGACGAAACCCUCUUUUUUGUCGCAAUCGUCUUCCUGUCAAAUGACUUUUCCUUAUUCUUCUAAUUUACCUCAUGUCCAACCUGUGCGCGAAGUGGCAUUCAGGGAAUACGGAUUAGAGCGCAGCAAAUGGCAGUACAGGGGCAGUUACGCUCCCUAUUACUCAGCUGAAGAGGUGAUGCACAGAGACUUUCUGCAGCCCGCGAACAGGAGGACGGAAAUGUUAUUCAAAACGGACCCCGUGUGCGGCCACCACGGAGCGUCUCCCGCCGCCUCCAACUUCUACAGCUCGGUGGGGAGGAACGGCAUCCUGCCGCAGGGCUUCGACCAGUUCUACGAGCCGGCCCCCGCUCCCCCGUACCAGCAGCACUCCGAGGGCGAGGGGGACGCGGACAAGGGCGAGCUGAAGCCCCAGCACAGCGCCUGCAGCAAGGCACCUUCCGGCCAGGAGAAGAAAGUGACAACGGCGAGCGGCGCCGCUUCCCCUCCCGGUGAGGCUGUUGCAGAGAAGAGCAACAGUUCAGCGGUUCCUCAGCGAUCGAGGAAAAAGAGGUGUCCCUAUACCAAAUAUCAGAUAAGAGAACUGGAACGUGAGUUUUUCUUCAACGUGUACAUAAACAAAGAGAAAAGACUGCAGUUGUCCAGAAUGCUCAACCUCACUGACCGACAAGUUAAAAUCUGGUUCCAGAAUCGAAGGAUGAAAGAAAAGAAACUGAACAGAGAUCGACUCCAAUAUUUCACUGGAAAUCCCUUGUUUUGAGGAGGAAAAAGAAAAAAGAAAGAAAAAAAUAAAGGAAAAAAUAAAAAAAAAUCGAGAGAGAAAGAGAAAAGGAAGAAAGAAGAAGAAAAAAAGAAUCCCUCGGUCAGUCUGACCUGCCAUCCGAAUGCAAAGUGAAUGGGUUUACAUGACACAGCCGCCCUGCGGAACUCAAAGUUUCAUUUCCAUGCGCAGCUCCACACGCUGAAUGGCCACUGGA